AUGGUUUUUGAAUCUAUUGUUGCGGAGCUUCUUAAUAAGGUGAUUGGCGAGUAUAUUGAGAAUUUGGACUAUACGCAGCUUAAAGUUAGUCUUUGGGGAGGCGAUCUUGUGUUAAAUGAUUUGUUGAUAAAAGAGUCUGCGUUAGAUGUUUUGGAUCUUCCAGUGAGAUUAGAAUAUGGCCGCUUAGGGAAAUUGAUAUUGAAGAUCCCGUUUAAAGAUAUGUGGAAUGGUCAGAUUGAUGCAAUAGUCGAAGAACUGUUUAUACUGGUAGUGCCUACGAGUCAAAUUUCGUAUAAUGAAGAUAAAGAGACGAAAGCACAAUUGGAAGCGAAACGAGCGGAACUGGCAAGAGUGGAAAAAAGAAAGCAAUUAGCGGAUAUAAAAUCGCAAGAAAAACUGGACGACUCGAUGGUCGAGAAGUUAGUCGCUCGCAUGAUCAAGAAUAUUCAUGUAGAAAUCAAGAGGAUUCACGUGCGGUACGAGGACCACGUCACCUUCAAAGAACAUCCAUUUUCCUUUGGCUUUACCCUAAAUACUUUCGUCCUUGAGAGUUGUACAGAUUCCUGGGAGACCACUGGCAAUUUGAAGGACAUGUAUGCCAUUCCUCAAAUCUUUAAAUUGUGCAAUCUGGACGGACUGGCCGCCUAUCUCAAUACAAGCAUGGAGCAGUACAGCAAGAGCUCACAAUCCUUGUAUACCAAUCUCUUUUGUAGUGGCAUUGCAACUAUGGACUAUACUCCCGCAGGUUAUCAAUAUCUGCUAGGACCUAUCAAUGUCAAGUCCAAGCUCAGGCUCAAUCCCAAGCCCGAGUCUGAUGGUAGCAAUUAUACCAUCCCUAAGGUAUGGCUGGAUCUAGAGAUGCAGAAACUACGGAUUGGAUUAACAAAGCGUCAGUAUCAAACCUUGGUGCGUUUGGGAGAGGGCUUAGAUCAGGCUCGGAAAGCUGCACCGUAUCGAAAAUACCGACCGAAUUUGACAUCGUAUCGCGGUCACUAUAAGGAGUGGUGGCAUUUCGCGUACACUUGCGUCCUCGAAGAAACCGUGCGACGGUGUCAUCGCAACUGGAACUGGGAUCACAUGAAGCUACAUCGCGAUGCUUGCCGUGCCUAUGCUGAGGCCUAUCAGGUUAAACUGACAACGAAGAAGCUAGCAAAAGAGAUCGAGGAACGAUUGACAGACUAUGAGGCAAAACUGGACAUCUUUAACUUAGUGAUUAUCCGACAGCAAAUCGAGAUGGAAGUGGAGAGAUUGGCAGAACGGGAGAAGACUUUGAAGGCAAAGCGAGGUUGGUUCGGUUUCCUGUGGACCAGUUCGCAGGUUGAAGAAACGAAGGAACUCAAUUCGGCCGCGGCCAUCAUGCGCAGAUUCGAAGAGGCCAUGACGCCGCAGGAAAAGGAGAAACUCUAUCGGGCGAUUGACUAUCAGGAGAAUUCCGUGCCCGCGUAUUACCCAGAAACAUACGAAAUGAUCGACACACGUUUCCUUUUGCAUGGUCUGCAAAUUUCUUUACUAGACACGGACAAGCAGCAUCCGUGUGUCUUGGAUUUACAACUACAUGGCGUACGAGCAGGCUUCAAGUCGCGACCAUCCGCGAACGCGAUCCUAGUCACUGCCUCUAUUAGCGACAUGAAACUGCUAGGCGCAACACAGAGUGGUCGGGUGCCCUCGCUUUUUAUUCCAGAACAUGGUAGUUCUGACUGUGCUCUGCUGUCGGUUUCUUAUGAGAAGAAUCCGCUCGACAAACUAUGCGGUGAUCGUGUUGUCGUCAAGUCCCGAUCCGUCGACAUCAUCUAUGACGCGCAAACCAUUACAGAGCUGGUCGACAUGUUUAAGGUGCAAGACUCUUCAACGUUGAGUCAGCUGCAAACAGCCGCGGCAGAACAAUUUGAAGGCUUAAAGGAAAUGUCGGCGCUUGGGUUGGAGUACGCUAUACAAAAACAUUCGAUAUUGGACGUACAAGUGGAUAUGCAAGCAUCGCAACUUAUUAUACCGCACGGUGGUCUCUACGAAGACACGAAGGCAUUGAUCGUUGUAAAUCUAGGUAGUCUAAAGAUGCAUUCUUUGGAGAAAGGCAAAAGUGACUUGGCUGGCGUUAGCGUUAGACACUUGGUUAGCAUGGGUAAAAGCGAAGAGGAAGUAUUGCUGCAUCUAAGAGAGCACAGUUACGACAAAUUUGUUUUGAAGAUAGUUAACUUUCAGGUAUUGGUCUCGCUACCAAAUGAAGAAUGGCGAUCAGCCUUGGCAAGUACCGAGAGUUCUCUGACGUUACUCCAUCCAACUACAUUAGAAAUUCAGUUCCACAAGUGCUUGGUGACGGACGAUCCUUUAUUGCCGAAAUUACGGCUUCUCGGUCACCUACCAUCAGUUACAGUGAACAUAACGGAUGUUCGACUACUCCAGGCGCUCUCAAUCGCGCAGAGUAUUUCUUCACCUCAAGAGGAAAAACCCGGGGAGUUGCAGCGUACUUCUCUUUCAAAGUCCAUUUCGCAGUUAUCGCUGAAGGAACUUGGCACCACGAUAUCCAGCAUUGCUGAUAAAAGAAGACAAACAGCAGCCGCUGCGCCAAUGAAGCAAACCACUGACUUGGAGAUGAAAUUUGAGAUGAAAGAAUUCACGCUAUCGAUUUCUAGACAACGAGACGAUGUCACGAUACCCUCGGAAUUUAUCAGAUUUCAGGUACUGCAACUGGAGGCGGAAAUGUUACAACGUACAUAUGAUCAGGAGGUGCAGUUGAGACUGGGUGGCGUGCAAAUGCGGCAAGUGUACGAGGGUCAGGAGAUCUUCAUGGUCAACACGCCGAUGUCGGCCGGCGGAGACGAGUAUUUGAUCAUCGUGCGAUAUGUAAAUGUAAACAAGCGCUCACCGGAAUUUACUACGCGCCACGGUUCUGUCGUGAAAUUACUUAGACUAGAAUUUACCUCGCUGGACACAUUGUUACAUCAAGAAGCUCUUAUUGAAUUGCUGCGAUUUAGUACGUACAUUCAGGAUCGAAUGAACUCGCUCGAAAAUGUUCAGAAGAAGGAAACCGAACGUUCUCGACCGAUCCGGUUGACCUCUAUUCAGGAAGAGACUUCUGGCUUCCUCAAAGAACAAUUACAGAAGCAGAGAUUGAGACCCAUCGGGCGACGUAAAAUACAAACCGUUGAGUGUAUCGAUCUAAAAGUAAACGCCAAGAUUGGCUCAAUCAAUCUGAAGAUUUCCAGCGCCACCCGGGAUAUUACCGCGUUCUAUAUUGAAGGUAUCAGCGCCAGUUUUCUCAGUAAGUCUUCGUAUUUACAAGUGAAUGCUGAUCUGACCUCCAUCAGCAUUAAAGAUUUGAAUCCUGCUUCUAUGUAUAAGGAUAUCGUGACUGUGGAGGGUACUGAGUCACUGCAGAUUCAAGCGGUGAUGUAUAACAUCGAGGAAUGGGAGAGGGACAAAAACAACAUGUCUGUCAAAGUGUCAAUGGGUUGUCAUCGCAUCGUCUUCUUGAAUGCAUUUGUCACCAGCGUUAUGAAUUUCCUGAAUAACUUUCAAACGGCGCAGAAAGCUAUCAAAGACGCAUCGGCGGCGGCGGCAGAAGCCGCGAAAACGAAUAUAAAAGAUGUUCAACAAAGUGCUUCACGUAUCGAGCUAAAUGUUAGGAUCAAGGCGCCUGUCAUAUACGUGCCGAUGAGCUCCAAGAAUGAGCAUAGCUUAAUGCUAGACAUGGGCAAUCUUAAGGUAUGUAACGUCUUCAAAAAGCUAGAUUUCAUGAGUGAGGAUAUUGAUGAGUAUCCCAUAAUCGAUGAAAUGAAAAUCGAACUGCAAAACUUGAAACUAUCUCGAGUUCGGCUGAACUUAAAACAAUUUACCAGUGAGAACGAGGUGUUGCUACUGGAACCAGUAACGUUUACACUGCUAAUGAAGCGUAAUCUUUCUACCGCUUGGUUUACUUCUAUUCCGGACAUCGACAUGUUUGGCAGAUUGAACAAGAUCAAUCUACUGUUGAGUAAAGAAGAUUAUGCUACAGUUCUGAAAGUGCUGGAGCAGAAUCUGGGCGAGACUUUCGAGGACUCGAAACACGUGCAAACCGUACCAUCCACCGUGAAAUCCGAAUGCAGCGCAGAUCUUGAGAUUCAACCGGUAUACAAGUACGAGAUCGACACAUCACGAGAAAUACCAUCGACCGAAACACAGGAACGACACGCUCACAUAUCCGUGAAGUUUGAGUUUAUCAUGGAUAGUCUGGUGAUAAAUCUCUUCACCGGCGGUUCUAAGUUGUUGCAGUCGCAGAUGUCACCAAUGCACCUUCCCGAGCAUGGACUGGCCCGCUUCAGUCUCACACACUUUGCUGUAAAGGGCCGUGUGUUUGCGGACGGUCUACUGGCCACGUCGAUUCUGCUAAUGAACUGCACGCUAGACGACAUGCGGCAAAGUCGAGUGGGCUCACUGGUGCGAAUCAUGGAAAGGACUAGCAGCGUGCCGUUGUCUGGAUCGAGUGAGGAUCAUCUCGAUAAAGAACGCGCCAAAUACAAUGCUAGAAGUAUGUUGGACGUGACAGUGCGUCAAAGCCCAAACGACACGUUUGCCGACGUGCGAGUGUUCUCUUUCAGUAUCAUCGUCUCUCUUGAUUAUCUCAUGAAGAUUAAGGACUUCUUUGAUGUGGAAGGGCCAAACAAGACUACUACUUCCUCUUCGAAACACGAAUUGGUAGCAUCAAAGAAAAAAUCGGCGCAGCAGCAGUUGGCUGCCUCAACACCCAAGAUGUUAACUGUAAAUCUGCACGUGGAGAAACCCGAUAUUAUUUUGCUCGAAGACAUGGACGAUAUCAACUCGAAUUGCAUAGUAUUGAAUACAGAAUUAUUGCUGAAGGUGCGCAUCAUGGGAGAGCACCAGGUGAUAGCAGGUUCCAUUAAAGAUCUCUCGCUAUUGGCGGGGAUAUAUAAUCCUGCGAAGAGAGCUGACUGGAUCUAUCAGGUCUUGAGACCAUGCAGUAUCAGCGUAGCCGGUUCUACACCAGAGGAAAAAGGGCUUCAUUUAGAAAUUCGUUGCACGGAUAUACACAUGUCUGUUUCGCCAGGUGUGAUGGAAAUAUUGAGUAAAGUCAUUCACACGGUGACAAGGAAGGAAGAAGAGGACAAGGAAGUUGUUAAACCUGAACCUAAUUAUGAAGGAUUGUGGAUUGUCACACCUUUCGAAGAAAAUAAUUACUGGUUUUUAAAGACAGAAGUUGCGAUGGAAGCAUUCGAAGAGUUUACGUAUCCAGACGAUGAUGAUAUUACGGCACCUUAUAAACCUGAAUUGGCCAUUGUUUCGGCACCGACGAUCUUGUUUACUCUGGAGGCGGGUGUUGGCAACAAAACUCUGCCUAUGUUACUACUUCACGUGGGUUUUCAAAGCAACAUCAACGACUGGAGUACAAAAUCUAUGAGCAUGGACUGUACGAUGUCGGUAAUUAUGUCGUAUUAUAACAGUCGUCUUGCGCUAUGGGAACCAUUGAUUGAGCCAACAGAAAGUUCCAAUAACGGUAAAUGUGUUUUAACGCCGUGGGAAUUAAAAACGAAGGUUCAAUUUAACGACAUAAUGUUAGACUCCAGAGGCGCCAGCGCGGUAAGCCCUACCUCGGAGAGCGAAAUCGAAGAAUUACAUCAAUCUACCAAGAUGUCCAUCGACAUUACGUCCUUUGACAAUUUGGAGAUAACUGUCACAAAGACGUGUUUAGAUGUUCUGAAACAAUUGGGCCAAUCGUUUUCUUCGGCUAUAGAAGCCAGCGGGAAAGGGCCUACCAAAAAAGAGGCACCGUAUGUGCUGAAAAAUGAGACCGGCUUGACAAUAAUACUCGAUUUGGAGGACAGUUUCUUCAAGAUUUUUGAUGAUGGAUCGAAAAUAAGAGAUCAUACUGACUCGUAUAUGGAAGUAAUCCUCGAAACCGGUGCAUCGAUACAACUCGCAUCGAAAACGUCCAAGAUGGCUGACACGCGUCUAAUUGAGCAGUUGAAAAUGGAAACUGUGAAGGACAGAGAAGAUAGUAAAUUCUCCAUAUCUUUUAAAGGCAUUCAAGGCAAAUUGGCAAUACCUGUGCUGAGAGCAGAUAGGAGAUUCUUCUCUUUAAAGCACCGAAAGGAAGGUUCCGAGGAAUGGGGUAUUGUGUCGGAUAUUAUUGUGGAAGAGGGUAGUACUAUCGUCACUCUCAGAAGCAUUCUUCAGGUUCACAAUCACUUCGCACAGCCAAUAUCUGUUUAUUAUAUGACGAAGCGUGGAAAUGAGGUAGAGUGCGUGGGCACAGUAGCUCCGGAUGAGAAACUCAAUUUACCUCUGGACGCCGUGUAUACCCCGACCAACAUUUACUGGCUGUUUUUUAGCGUCAACGGGUAUAUGGUGUCAGUCGAACCAUUUGUCUGGAAAGAUCUGCAGAAAACUGUUUCCAUGAUGAAAUUAUUGAAAUGCGAGUCACGAUCUAAACAAGAUUCUACAGAACCAUUUUAUAUACAGGCCAUGGGAGAGAUCGAGCAGGUAUAUUUCGAAAAUACCACUCGUCAUACUAUGGCUAGUACCGUCUACAAUGUACAUUUAUACCCGUCUGUGUAUCUGAAGAACUUCCUACCGAUCGAUAUCAUCAUCUGUUUGCCUAGCACAGUUCAGGAAAACUUACUCGAAGCAAGUGCCUCUAUGCAACUUCCUACAAUUGAUCCGGCCAAGUCAAACAUAAUAAUUAAGUUACCCAAUUAUCUGGAGAAAGAUUGGUCAUGCAUGGGCGAAAUUAUGGCGGAUCCACCAGAAUUUACGGUUUGGUCGUUUGAGUCUUUCGACAACGCGCAGAAAGUGGUUAUGGAUCUCGGAAUGCACAUGUCUUACAAACACGGUUCGAUCGUCAUGACGCUGUAUUGUCCCUUCUGGAUGCUGAACAAGACUGGUUUAAUGCUGUCCUAUAGAAAAUCAAGUAAGGUUGGCAAAGAGCACUCAAGCCCGAUGAAGACAGCAGAUGAUUACUUGAAUGUCUUGUACCAUCCGGAACAUUUCAAGGGACCUAUUUUGUUUUCGUUUCGCUCCAAAGCUUUCUUUGGCAAGAAGAAGGCCAUGAUCAGAGUGGAAGACGGAGAGUGGUCCGAUAAAUUCUCCAUCGACGUUGCGGGCAGUGAGGGUGUAGUGGCUUGUAAAUACAAUGGAAUGAUAUAUCAGAUUGGAGUACACAAUCAGCUGACGUACAACUCGUUAACCAAACAGAUCACGUUUACACCGUACUACAUACUUAUCAACAACGCAGAUUUUCUUAUAGAAUGUCAGGAGGGUGAUCGACCAGCUGAUCCGACAAUCAAAGUGCCUCCUGGUGAAUGCGCGGCUCUGUGGCCUCGAACUGAACAUGACAACAAGACUCUGAAGGCCAAGGUCGCAAGUCAACCCGAGAAAACUGCGGCGUUUAUUUAUACUGACAGUCACACAACUCUACUAAAAUUGGACAAUAAGUAUGGAGGAAUCAAUGUAGACGUGCAAAUCAACGAGGGCGGUGUUUACAUCUCCAUGUCGGCCUAUGUCCCAGGCAAUGCGCCAGCUAUGAUCAUCAACCACACGCCACAUACCAUCAAUGUAUGGGAAAAGGGUUCCAUUAAUGUUAGGUCCGUGCAGUCAUACAAUAGAAUGUUUUAUACCUGGGAAAAUCCGGCGGGCCCACGAAAACUGGUUUGGGAGGAUCACAGUGGCAAGGAAAUCGAGGACAAUCUUCGCAAGGAUAAUCUUGGUACCUUUCAACUGCCAGAAGUAGAUGAGAAACUGUUCUACGUUUCGUUCCUAGACGGUACGCAGAGAGUACUACUGUUCACUACAAAUUUGAAGAUUGCUGAGGAUUGUCAGCUGGCCGGUGAUCUGGAGGUAAUCGAUCAGGAAAUUACAUUAAACAUUCACGGCAUUGGAUUCUCCCUUGUGAACAACAUCACUAAGUCCGAGCUGCUGUAUAUGUGUAUCGCCAGCUCAGGGAUCAUAUGGGAGACGCGUAAGUCCCUCGGUAGCCGAUGGCGAGCAUUAUGUGCUAAGGAAGUUAACGCUAUUGAAGAGGGAUAUCAACGAUACAUUAGAGAAUUGCAAAUCGGCAAAAUGGACGCGGACUACCGGAUAAUGUUGGAUCCAAAACUAAUGGUAGAUUAUCUGAAUAUGGAGAUGCUGAGACCGCAUCGUAGGUACCUGCGACGCAUCUUUCAAACUGGACUUUGGCUGCAAUAUCGUACCUCAGCGCAUCAGGUACAGCUGCAUGCAAAGAUCAACAAACUUCAGAUCGACAAUCAGUUGUCGGAAUGCGUCUUUCCAGUUAUAUUAGCUCCAGUGCCACCGCCGAAGAGUGUCACACAGAGUACAGUCAUAAAACCUUUUGCGGAGCUAAGUAUGGUCAAGCGCUUAUUGGAACACAGCACUGUGCAACAAUUUCGAUACUUUAAAGUUCUCAUACAAGAAUUUCACAUCAAGGUGGACAUUGUGUUUAUAAACGCGAUAAUGGGCUUACUUGAAGCGAAUGAGGUCAACGACGCGGAAGAGAGUGCUUUAUUCCGUAAAGAUAUGAAACUAGUCAAUGAACCGUUAAUGUACCACGUCAGUCUGAUCACCACGGCCGAGCAGAAGAACUUUUUUGAUUUACUGCACUUUUCGCCUCUCAAAAUACACAUCAGUUUUUCAAUGACCGGAAGUGGAGGAGGACCCUCAGCAUUACCGCAAGUACUAAACGUGCUUUUGCAAGGAAUUGGAGUGACGCUGACGGAUAUUAACGACAUCGUGUUUAAAUUGGCAUACUUCGAAAGAAACUACGUGUUCAUGACGCAUAAACAGCUCAUCUCCGAGGCGAGCACUCAUUAUGCAGGUCAGGCAAUUAAGCAAGCGUACGUACUCGUACUGGGACUCGAUGUGAUCGGUAAUCCAUAUGGGCUUGUAAUCGGGACCAUGAAGGGCAUUGAAGAUCUGUUUUACGAACCCUUUCAAGGAGCCAUACAGGGUCCAGGAGAAUUCGCGGAGGGCCUGUUCCUCGGAGUGCGUAGCAUGUUGGGCCAUACCGUCGGCGGAAUGGCGGGCGCUGUGUCGAAGAUCACGGGAGCGAUGGGCAAAGGUAUAGCUGCUUUAACUUUUGACAAGGAUUACCAGCGAAAGAGACAAGAGCAGCUCAACAAACAGCCCGCCAAUUUACAAGAAGGUCUUGCACGAAGUGGAAAGGGUUUAGUAAUGGGUGUAGUCGAUGGUGUGACUGGUGUGGUAAUGAAACCUUUAUCAGGAGCGAAAGAGGAAGGAGUGGAAGGAUUUUUCAAAGGGUUUGGAAAGGGUGUUGUUGGACUUGUUACUAGACCUACUGCUGGUGUUAUUGACUUCGCAAGUGGUUCUUUUGGAGCUGUCAGACGAGCCACUGAAUUAAGUGAAGAAGCAAAAAGAGUAAGGUCACCCAGAUUUCUGCAGCCAGAUAGUCUCGUUAGACCAUACAUAAGAGAUGAAGCCGAGGGCAACAAGAUAUUAAUGGAAUUAGAAAAGGGGAGAUAUGCACAUACAGAUGUUUAUGUCUAUCAUGUAUUUAUCAAUAAAGACGUGCUUUUACUCACUGACAAAAGAUUAUCAUAUCUCGAACGUAGUGAUUUGUUCGGUGGCUGGCGGGUUGAUUGGACUCACACUUGGACCGAAUUCAGCGAACCAACAAAAGUUGUAGACAAAGGUGUACAGAUUUUUAUUAGGGACAUUAGUAAGAAAAAGAAACUAGGUCUAUUUGGCAGUGCCGCUCAAUCAAAAAUACUUUUAAUAACAGAUCAUAAUAUCAAACAGUUAUUGUGCAGUAAAAUACAGGAGCAGAUUAAUCAAUCCGGAGUAUAACGCAAUAACGCGUAAAUAUGAGAGAGAAACGCUUGAGCAGUUACGAGUUAUGUCAAAAAAGAAAACAAGCAAAAGAGAAGACAAAUCGAGCUUCUUUACUUCCGGAAUGCUUUGCGAGCGAAUUCGCACAAUUUCUAUGCGUAAUUUCUACAGACACUAUUUAUAAGACUGAUACUGCGUGAGCGCAACAAUCAGAUAAAGGGACGUUACUUAUAUACUGUACCAAGAAACUGAAAAGACGUAAAUGGAAACGUAAGAAUAUAAAGGUACCAAGAAACUGACAAGAAAGAGACAGGACGUACGGAAUCUUUUUUACUUUACUUUUACCAUACAGUUGUUCGGAAUUUUUGUUGUCGAUAUUAUUACCGAGCAAACAUCGUUAGAUUGACACAAAAGAUUUGUCACAAUUUGUCAAAUAAAGCUGAAAAUGAAGUUACAUAACUUUCAAAUUAUUUUUAUUUUUAUCAAGAUAUUGUAAGAUAUUAAUUAAGAUCUACGUGUCGGGCUAUGUGGCUCCGCGGUAAGGCGGUGGCUUUGUGUUUCGAACUACAUUCGAGGUCCUCGGUUCGAGUCCCGACAUCGCGUCGAGCGUCCGACAUUUUUUCUCGG